AUGGUCGGUAAGGCGCGCACGCUACGUGGGUGCAGAACGUGCAACAAGCGACGGAAAAUCUGUGAAUUGCGUCGACCAGGGUGCCCCUGUUGCAAGGGUGACGACGUUAUAUGUAAUGGCUACGAACCCCAGCAGGCAGCAUACUACGAAGAAAGCCAGCAAGCCGUGCAGAAGCGCGAGUCCCUAGUGCAAUCGGUAGCAGCGACGACGCCCUUUGUGUUACUACCGUCAACACUCCAGGCUUCUGCGGCGAAGAGUAUCUACUUCGAUGUCGCGUGGCAAUCUCUAAGACCAGCACAUGGCGUCAACAUUACUUACGACUGGAUUCAAGACCUACCCGGUGUUCACGUCAAUGAUGCGCCGUUACACAAUGCCUUCGCGGCGGUCUCCUUGGCCUGCCUAGGCCGGCAACGUGGCGAUCCCGCCCUGAUUCACCAGAGCCAUCUUGCUUACGGCAAGGCAUUGGGACGAGCUAAAGAUCAGCUUUCCAAUCCUGCUACGGCAGCUUCGGACGAGGUGCUGGGAUCUGUCUUGGUUCUAGCACUCUUUGAGACGGUACAUGGCUCAGGCUCGCAGAAACUGCCUGGAAUGUUAGCUCACAUGGCUGGUGCGUACGAUAUCACUCAACUUCGCUCGGCAUCGUCAUAUGCAAAUCCUACGGGCCGAGCUGUCCUCCGAGAGAUGCGCUAUCACGAUUUCUUCCAAGCGCUGGCAAGGCGAUCAAAGUCGUUCCUAGCGGAGGAUGAUUGGCUGAAUACGCCCUGGAAAGGCGUCUCCAAAUCGGCCGAAGAUGCCAUCUUAGAUGUUAUUGCUCGGGUGCCAGAUCUCCUCAAGCAGUCCGAUGACUUCCAGGCCAACGUCAAAGCAGGCACGAAGACCGAAGCCAUCGAGGAUCUAGAGGACUCCUACCUGGAAGCCAUCAAGCAGCUCGUUACUAUCCGUGCAACCACGCUCAAGGAAACGUACGGUAGUACACCGUUCUCCUGGGACGAGCGCUCCGCAAUUUUCGACUCACAGCGUGACAGACGCUUUUCUGCCAUGUUUCCUUCUCGACUUCGCUACAUCGAUAUGACUUCCGCGAACGUGGAGAUCCUGUACUCGGCUGCCCAACUCAUCUUAUGCAGUGCUAUGCUCGGAGUAUACUAUGUGAUAACGCAAGCUUCUGCGGCUGGUGCGGGAUCUGAAGAGGCGAGGAAAGCGAAGAAGAAGGAUACUACGCCAGCCUCUGCCGCGCCAUCUGACGACCUUGGCACGAAACUAGCAAAGUACGGCGAAAUGUCACAGAAGCAUCUCGUCACCAUUGUUCGAAGCCUGGAAUAUUGCCUAGAGUCCGGCAUUCUCGCCGCUAGUACAGCAGUGGCUCCUAUCAUGGUCACGGUGGCGACGCUGCGAAUCUCUCACGACACUCGCCUCGACUAUGUCAUGGAGCUUUUGAAGCGUUACCAGAAGAAGUCUGGUGUGCCCCUCGCCGAUCUGGUCACGGAGUGUAGCGGCCUGCGACCUAUAGUGGGGUCGAACGAGUUCAUGAAGAAUUACUCCAAGACAGUCUACAAACCAUUGAGAGGCAGCAAGAAGAAGCCGGAGCCUGUCGAACAGAUUGACACCGCACUAAAUGUGCUCAGCCACAGCGAGCGCACAUUGGCGUCUAUGCUGCAAUCACGCCUCGCUGAGAUCCCAGUCAAUCUGACAUAUACGAGGGAUAUGGCACGAUCACCUGGUAGAUUAUUGUCCAGCUCGUGA